GUCCGUGUGACGUCGUCGAGGGGGCGGAGCCAGGGCGGCUCCGUGGGGCGGGUGUUUGAAAAACCGGUGCUGGGGGGGUGGUCGAGCCUAAGUAUCUGUGUUUUAUUUCUUUAUUUCUUUUAUUUUUUUUUGCGAGCCAAUUACUUAAUCUGUCUUGCGUCUUUUCCUUCCCCGCCCUCCCCUCGCAGACUCCUGCGCCGCGGCGCUGCGAGGACACGGAAGGCGCCGGGGGGAGCCGGUCCGCGUCUUGCCGGCGUGGAGAUCCGCGGAGAGCGCGCCCGCUGCUCCCCAGUAGACCCCGCGGCCUAGGGCCUAGAGUUGUCACUUAAAAGUGGACUUGAAGAAGGCGCACGUAAGCGCGGGGGCAGCCGCGAGCUUUCCAAAGGUACCAUUCCCGCCGAAGCCCUAGCCUUGCAGGCGGGGGCCGCCGCCCCGCCCCGCCCCGCCCCCGCCGGCGCCGCCUUGCUUGUCGAGACGCGGAUGUGUGGAGGGGGACUGCGCUGGGCAUUCGGCGGCGUAGCGUGAGGGGAGAAGCCCGGAGCGUUAACGACAGCGAGCACUGCAGAACCGGGGGUUGGGGGGAGGGCGGGGGGCUAACUGCCAGGAGGAGCCGGGGUUAAGAUGGCUUCCUCGACGCUGACUUGGUGCCGCCCCGUCGGUGAGGUCUUGGGAGACGGUAGAUGCUCAAUAAAUACGCGAGGACUCGGUUCUCCAGUUUGUCCCGAGUGGAAGGGGGUCGCCUAAAACUGGACGCUGUCAGUGCCCUCCAGUCCUUCCUUGGGAACUUUUCAACGAAGAAGGAGAAUUAGGACAGACAGCCCCCCUACCCCUCCCCAACCCCUGAAAAGCAGAAGAUACUUGAAGCUGAGGUAAAUAUUUGCAUGUGAUUGGUAAUAGCUGUGGAACUGUGAGAAAUGACUGUCCAAUGAGAGAAGAGAUUGCAUUUUAGUCACUUCCCUGAAGACAACAUUCUACUACACCAGCUUUUGUGCAUCCCAAUAGACAACAGGAGGAAAGACCCAGGUCUUCCCUGGGGAACUCAGCAGAGGCUGCGGCCCUUCAGUGACUGGACUAAGCUGAUGGCCAGAGUGCUGGCUCUUGGUGUGUCACAAAGCCUAAGGAAGGCUGUUCUCAGCACACAUACAGAAGCUGACUGGUAGAUUCUACCACAGCGCACCCACAGCUAUUCAUUUAUUUAAAAAAACUCUCCUCAACCCUGUGUAUAUAUUGGAAUUUUGUGUUUAAAUGGAAGCUAUGAAGUCUAAGUCCAACUGUGCUCAGAAUCCAAAUUGCAACAUAAUGAUAUUUCGUCCAACAAAAGAAGAGUUUAAUGAUUUUGACAAAUACAUUGCUUACAUGGAGUCCCAAGGGGCACACCGAGCUGGCCUGGCCAAGGUCAUCCCACCAAAAGAGUGGAGAGCCAGGCAGUCUUAUGACAAUAUCAACAACAUCUUAAUAGCCACGCCCCUGCAGCAAGUGGUGUCUGGCAAGGCAGGGGUGUUCACUCAAUACCAUAAGAAGAAGAAAGCCAUGACAGUGGGGCAGUACCGCAACCUGGCCAACAGCAAAAAUUACCGCACCCCACCACACUUGAACUUUGAAGAUCUGGAGAGAAAAUACUGGAAGAAUCGCCUCUAUGAGUCACCAAUUUAUGGUGCUGACAUCAGCGGCUCCCUGUUUGAUGGGAAAACUCAACACUGGAACGUGGGACACCUGGGAACAAUUCAGGACCUAUUGGAACAAGAAUGUGGCAUCGUGAUUGAGGGCGUCAACACGCCCUACCUGUACUUUGGCAUGUGGAAGACCACCUUCGCGUGGCACACGGAGGACAUGGACCUGUACAGCAUCAACUAUCUGCACUUUGGGCAGCCCAAGACGUGGUACGCGGUGCCCCCUGAGCAUGGCCGGCGCCUGGAACACCUGGCCAGACAGCUGUUCCCAGGCAGCUCCCAGGGCUGCCAGGCUUUCCUGAGGCACAAGGUGGCACUCAUCUCUCCCAGCGUGCUCAAGGAGAACAGCAUCCCCUUUGGCCGCAUGACGCAGGAGGCUGGGGAAUUCAUGGUCACUUUUCCCUAUGGCUACCACUCUGGCUUCAACCAUGGCUUCAACUGUGCAGAGGCCAUCAAUUUUGCCACCCCGAGGUGGAUCGACUAUGGCAAGGUGGCAACUCAGUGUAGCUGUGGGGAGGCCAGGGUGAGCUUCUCCAUGGACGCCUUUGUGCGGAUCCUGCAGCCUGAGAGAUAUGAGCUGUGGAAACGUGGCCAAGAUCAGGCAGUUGUGGACCACACAGAGACUGUGCAAUCUGCUGGUCAGGAGCUCAACACACGGCAGGCGAUCGAAGAACCAAGAAAAACUCGGGAACUGAGGGAUCUCCGGCUUCUCCAGGUCUCACACUGUCUUCUGCCGAUAGCCACUGGGAAUAAGAUUCCUUGCAGCUACAGGCAGCAAUCAGAUGCCACAGUUGAUGAGUUCCAGAAGCCUGAUUUAGUUCCAGGCUCACCACCUACCCCGGAUCUGUCUUCUCCUGGUCACUACGUGUCAAAAGGAAGGCGUGGUCUUGGUCGCCGCCAUUGUGAACUAGGGGCUCAGGAGUGCACCAAUGAGGCUCCAGUUAAGAGGCGCCAGCCAGCAGGCAGGGUAGACACAAGUGUGAACCCAGACCUUCUGUCCUAGUCUGUGAUUGAGGACUUGACAGUCAACCCUGUACCUGCCAGCUCUGGACCACGGCAUCCAGUGUCAGCUUCAGAAGGUGGAAGACCUCUGACUCCAAAACGUAUGUCCCGCCUUACAGCUCAUUGCCUAGCACUCAGGAAGCUUGCUAAGGCCAUCACCUGCGGGUUUUGACAGAGUUGGCCGGACACUGACCAUGCCUGGGAGAGCUCCUUGUCAGUUCUAGGAAGUACACUCACAUGUACCUUCCUCAGUCUAGAACAUGGCAAGCAUCUGGAUGCUGGUAACUCCUGGGCUUCCAGAUGAGGUUGCAUUGGCCAGAUGUUUGGGUCUCUGAGGGCUGAGUGCAGCUCAAAACCGACCUCUCAUGCUCUGGACCAACUGAGGAGAAAGCUGAAAAUUCAAGUUUCCAUCCCUGUCUUUCAUUUCAUGAGAGAUGUCAAAAUUUGACCACAAGAUUGUAGUCACGAAAAGAAGUUUCUCUCUCUCUCUCUCUCUCUCUCUCUCUCUCUCUCUCUCUCUCUCUCUCUCUCUCUCUCACGCACACACCCUAAAAAGGCACUUGAGAGAGUCACAGAAGACUUCUCAAAGAUGGUGAAUUAAGAAUGUUUAUUACCCAGUGUUCAGAAAUAAAGGCAAAGUAGCCGUAA